UUCACGCCUGCUGGACUAGCGGCUCUCUACUCCAACUCGAACUUUGCGCUAGGGUUCAGCAAUGGAGAGCGUCAAGCAGCUGCUCGUGCACUACUUAGAAACGAGUCACAUCUUGACGGCACACACUACCACACAAAAACACUUGGUGGUCUUCAUCCUGCUUAUAUAGCCUUCAACAAGAUCCCAUCGUCCACGGAGAGGCAGAGCUUGAGUCAGGAAGAAUUUGUCGAGAUGGCUCUUGAAGACGUGUUUGAUGCACUUGCUACUCAAGACCGUCUUGAUGGCGGGUUGUCUCUUCUCAUUUGCUGCCCAGGAUCUCAUUUCACAGAAACCACCACUCCCGAUCGUAUUGCGGUGGACCUUUACAUCACUCCACAAGAACUGCGUGAGGCGCCCGAUCAAAUUGGUGGAGACGUCUCUGUUCUC